AUGAACUCAACAUCAGACUCAGCCCUAGACUACAGAUGUGGACCAGGUCUGGAUGGCCUUCAUCAGGAGUACGUUAAGGUCCACGGUUGGGCAAGUCUCCUGGUCUGCAGCUUCGGUUCAAUCGCAAAUACUCUGAACAUCGCAGUUCUAUCACGUCGUGAGAUGUCUUCACCAACUAAUGCCAUUCUAACGGGUCUUGCCGUGGCCGAUCUCCUCGUAAUGCUUGAGUAUAUUCCAUAUGCAAGUCACAUGUACCUGUAUCACCGUUCAAGAAAGAAUACCUACACUUACGGCUGGGCAGUAUUUGUCUUGAUUCACUCUAUCUUCACUCAAGUCUGCCACACAAUAUCAAUUUGGUUAACAGUGACACUAGCUAUUUGGCGGUAUAUCGCUGUUGCCUAUCCCCAGAAUAAUCGCGAAUGGUGCAACUUCCGAAGAACUGUUAUGGCUAUUGCUAGUGCGUACAUAAUGUGCCCAUUGAUAUGUUUACCCGUGUAUUUCACCACGCAGGUGACAUCAAAAAUUGAAGCAGUGAAUAGUAAUGGUAAUUCGGUCAACAUUAGUGUAUACAACGGAACGGAAAUGCUUAAGAAUGAAACAUUAUGGUUCGUUGAUUUAAGUGAAACUAUGAAAAAUCAUGGAUUAUUAAAUUUAAUGAACUUAUGGAUGUAUAGUGUUGUCAUUAAACUCGUUCCAUGCUUAGCUUUGACCAUUUUAAGUUUGAGGCUUAUUCUUGCGCUACUGAAAGCCAAAAAAAGGCAAAAAUUAUUGACGAGUAGCAAUGUUUUCAGGAGUAGUGAAGAGAAUGCGGAGAGACAGACUGAUAGGACAACAAGGAUGCUUCUAGCGGUUUUACUACUAUUUUUACUCACGGAAUUCCCACAGGGGGUCCUGGGGUUACUCAGUGUCAUUCUCGGCACUGGAUUCUUCAGGACUUGUUACGUGAAACUAG